AUGGUUUACGACCAGGCGUGCCACGACAUGACGGGGCUUCUUGUUGGACUGAGCGUCCGUCUCUUGUUGGACUGCUCUACGGAUUGGAAUGCUGAGUCGGCUGCAUACACAAUUUUCAGCAAGCGCUUCGAGAAGCGUCAGCUUUCGUGCAAACGUGCCUUGUCGUGUGUUACGAGCGUGCAUAAUGCGUGCGGCAUCAAGUUCGCCAAGUGUUCCUCAACCAAGUAUCUCACUUUGUUCGUGUUGCUUAGUGUCAGGCUCUUUUUUGCAUGUGAGGUAUGCCACCAGCGCAAAAAACGGGACCGUUAA